AAUUCUGCCGUUUUCAGAUAGCCUUUGUGCUAGUUUGUCGUUCUAAGAUGAAUCAUUGUUGACUAAAUUUAAGUACAUAUUUAGUAAUUGCUCAAAAAUAAACUUUUAAAUGUAAAAAAUAUGGCCUAUAGAACAUUUUAUAACAUAAAACAAAUAGUGUUGUGUGGUAAAAUAAUGUCACAAUUGUUGAAUGGUAUGGUUGUAAAAUUAGUUAUGUAAAAUUCUUGGUUUGGGGUAAUAGAUGGAAGACAAGGGGGUGAAACCACGACCUCGAUCAAAUUCAGCCAGAAUAUUGGUUUUUAACGAAUCAAAACCUGGAUUUAGACUAGAGCAAAGACAGAAUUCCUGUGCUGAAUCAUGGAUUUCCCGUAAACAACACUCAGAUACAGAAAAUGGAUCUUCUAACCUAAUACGGAUUCGAAAGUCGGCCUUAGGGAAGUCGGCUCCAUCUUUGUCCUUAAAUAUGAAGGAACUGGGUCCGGUAAAUCGACGGAAUAGCCGAUCAGCUGCAAUUCAUAGGCUAAGUUUUGUUACUAAUACAAGUCCAGUGCUACCAAGAUCUCAUUCUCCUGUAUGUGGUAGUCCUAUCGAUAGCCCUAGAACCCACACCAACUUUAAUAACUUUUCUUUUGCCCCUAUCAAAAGAAUCGUUGCUGGAUAUCGAGGAGAUGGAAGAAGAUGGUCUGUGGCUUCCCUUCCCUCAUCAGGAUAUGGGACAACCCCCGGUAGUUCUAAUAUGUCGUCAAAAUGCUCUAGUCAAGAAAGAUUACACCAGUUACCACAUAUUCCAACUUCCGAAGAUAUUCGAAUACUAACUCAUCACUUCUCAAGUAACGAAAGUAAUGCGUCCAUACCAAGUGGUGAAGAAACCUCAUCGGUUAGUCAUCGAUCACCCCUUCACAGACCACGGUCUAGGAGUUUAAGUAGUCCGAGUAGAUCUCCAGUUAUAGACAACGAAAUAUGUAUGAUGAACGUAUUAUACAAAGAAAGAUUUCCGAAAGCAACCCAGCAAAUGGAGGAAAGACUAGCCAAUUUCAUCGAAGAAAAUAAAAUUUUAGAUUUUGGAAAAGAUUGUGAUUAUUUACCCAUCGUCCGUUUCGUCCAUCACCAAGUUCUGGAAAUAGCUAGAGACUGCUUACACAAAUCUCAAAGCAAACUUAUUACCAGUCAGUAUUUUCAUGAGAUGUCUGAAAAUUUGGAACGGUUAUUAACAGAGACUAAGGAAAAAUCAGAAGGUGCAGCUAACUUACUGACAAGUUUUAUAAAGAAACUUUUGUUAAUCAUAUCUCGGCCGGCCCGUUUAUUGGAAUGUUUGGAGUUUGAUCCAGAAGAAUUCUACCACUUUCUAGAGGCAGCAGAGGGCCAGGUAAAAGGUGUUCAAGGCAUAAAAGCAGAUAUUCCACAAUAUAUUAUACAGAAACUAGGUUUAAAUCGAGACCCGAUAGCAGAACUUCAACAGGAACUACGUGAUUGUAGUUGGUCGAAUGAGAACAAGCCGGUAGUUUUGAACGCUGCUCCCACUAUGAGAAAGACCCUGUGUAACCCAAACGAACAUGAUUUUGAAGUUGUCAAACUGAUUUCAAAUGGUGCCUACGGAGCAGUAUACUUGGUGAAGCAUAAACAAACUAGGCAACGAUUUGCGAUGAAAAAGAUCAACAAAAACAACUUGAUGUUGCGCAACCAGGUAGAGCAAGUUUUUGCUGAACGAGAUAUCCUUAGCUUUGCAGACAAUCCUUUUGUAGUCAGUAUGUAUUGCAGUUUCGAGACUAAAAAGCAUCUAUGCCUGGUUAUGGAAUAUGUUGAAGGAGGAGAUUGUGCUAGUUUGUUAAAAAAUAUUGCAGUUCUACCAGCUGAUAUGGCUCGUUUUUAUUUUGCUGAGACCGUACUUGCUGUUGAGUACUUACAUUCUUAUGGGAUAGUGCAUAGAGAUUUAAAACCUGAUAAUCUUUUGAUAACAGCACUUGGCCACAUUAAACUUACAGACUUUGGAUUGAGCAAAGUUGGUCUGAUGUCAUUGGCAACCAAUCUAUAUGAAGGAUACAUGGAUACGGACUCAAGAAAAUUUUCAGACAAACAAGUUUUUGGUACUCCUGAAUACAUAGCACCAGAAGUGAUCUUGAGACAAGGAUAUGGAAAACCAGUUGAUUGGUGGUCAAUGGGAAUUAUUCUCUAUGAAUUUCUUGUUGGUUGUGUUCCCUUUUUUGGCGAUACCCCGGAAGAGUUAUUUGCGCAUACUGUGCAAGACGAAAUUGAAUGGCCUGAUCACGAGGAUUGGCCUGUACAGGAAGAAGCGAAAGAUCUCAUAAUUACCCUUUUACAACACUCGCCUAGAGACAGACUUGGAACAGGAGGUGCACAAGAAAUUAAGGAACAUGUGUACUUCCAUGGAAUAGACUGGAAUUCUUUGCUUAGGAAAAAGGCUGAAUUUAUACCUCAACUUGAACAUGAUGAAGAUACCAGCUAUUUUGACAGCAGAAUAGAUCGUUAUUGUCACGAACUGGAGGAUGACACGGAUGAUACCGACGAUUCUCCAGUGUUCGGUUUAUUUUCAUCAUGUUCUCCCCAGUAUAAGAAAGUGUCUGAACUAAGUUCUUUGAGCACCACUGAUACCGAUCCCGAAAAUAGUUACUUAUCGUUGAAAAUGAGUAAUUCUGAUUUGUCGGUCCCUGGGACUCCUGAGAUCGUGGAUUCGAGACCUACAAUAAAAGUGGCUGACAAUUUAGUGCUACGUUCAAGAACAUUGGAAAAGAGGAAGCCUGAGAAUAAAAUGGUCUCACUUGAUUUAUCAUGUACAAUAAGCACUCCUGAAUCCUCGCAAACUGACAGUGAUGACGUGUCCCCUCAAAUCAAUAGAAGAAAAAAGACAGCACAUUCAAGAGAAUUUUUACCGAAGUUUUCAAUAUCUGUAGAAGAUGACCGCUGUUGUAUAUCUUCACCUGGAGCAGAAAAUAAAGAAUUUCCGUCCUUGAGUCAAAUAAAAGCCGGAUUAAUUGGACAUUCUUCUAGAUCGGUUGUCCGAAGUGCAAGUACUUCUGGAUUGUCACUGAUGAUCCCAACAGAAGAUAUAUCAACAACCACCCACUUAAUACAUUCACCAGGAGCUGGAGGGAGUUCCAGUACAGCAAGUUCCAGAGAUACUUCUCCAUGUCGUGAGCUUUCACCUUUGGGAACCACGUUAAAACCGCCUAUAAUUAUACGCAGAGGUCCUAAGGGUUUUGGAUUUACUGUGCAUACAAUUCGAGUGUAUUAUGGAGACACUGAUGUAUAUACAAUGCAUCAUCUAGUUAUGGCUGUAGACGAAGGAAGUCCUGCAUUUGAAGCCGGGCUCCGUCCAGCAGAUUUAAUCACUCACAUCAACGGUGAAACAGUGCAAGGCUUGUACCAUACUCAAGUGCUUCAACUUUUAUUGGGCGGGGCAGAACAUGUUAGUCUGAGAGCUACGCCUUUGGAACAAACUUCGAUCAAGACUGGUGGGCGGAAAAGAGAGCUAGGUCAAAGUAAGCUGGCUAGAAGAAGCCUAAACAGACAAAAAAAGCAGAAAAAGGAGAGUGAUAAAAGAAGAAAAACUUCAUUGUUUAAGAGAAUCAGCAGUAAAAGAGCUAGUGUAGAGAUGCAACAGAUAUCGGGAAAUGCCAUACAAUCCCCAGUAGGUGUAACUCCAAGCAGAAGUUUUCAGUCAUUUACAAGAAGUGCUGACAGUAGCUUCAGCCCGGCCGCAGUGAGACCCGUUGCUCCGAGAUCUAAUUUAACUACUUCAGAAUCUUUCUCACUCUCUACAGUUCAAUUUUCUGGUCAGUCCUCUUCAUCAGAAAGUCCUUCUCCAACUACAGUUCCUUCCAACCGUAACAGUAAACAACAUUAUCAAAGGCCUUCAACUUUACAUGGCCUAAAGCACAAACUGCAUACUACAGGCUGUCCAAAAUCAUUACAUGGUGCUGGGCCCGCCUGUUCUCCGGCUGUACAAAGUAGAAGGAAAUCUGUAGGUCACAUACCCUUAUCACCCUUAGCGCGAACUCCUUCGCCAUCACCAUUACCAGCCUCUCCCACAAGAUCUCCCAGUCCCCUGGCAUUCCCCAUCGGUCAUCAGCCAGGUAGCUCAAAUACUACCCAGUCCUAUAGUCCAAGUGCUGGUUCUGCUCCGAUAGCUAUAAUAAACCAACCGAAGAAAGGGUUUGCUAGGGCGAAAGGAGGAGAACCUGGUUCGCCAUUAUUGAGGAGAGCACUCUCGCCUGACAGAUUGCAUCCAAGAAGUGCUGAAAGCAAAUGUUCAAUCUCGCCGUUAUGUUCGUCAGGAAGUACGUGUAGCCCCAAUGUCAAAUGUCAAAGUAGGGUUGUUGGAAGUUCUUCUGUUUGGCAUCCUAAUACUCAACAAGAUCGAGAUAAAGAUAGCGAUUUGGAUACUUCUACUUCAAGUGAAUCAAGCUUAAAUUCGAGUACCUCCUCAGAGAACCGUUUAUCGCUAAAUUUAUCAGGUGUUGGUGAGUUACUUCCACGGAUAGCUGAAGAGAAAGAUUCUCCAACAAAUAGCCAAGAAGUGAAAUUUAAAAAACCCGCGAAAGGUAGCGAAGAUAUAGUGAAACUGGAUAACCCAACCCAAGACAAGACAGAAAAGGUCAGUAAACGGGAUUCCUCCAAUUCAGAUAAGAAUCUUACUAGUAAUGUUGGCCACAAAGUAAAUGAAAUGGUGAAAAAAGAUGCAGAACAUAUGCAGAAAAAAGAAAGCGCCGUAAAGUGUGAUAUAAGUAAGAAAUUUGAAAAGGAUAAGAAAAGGUUAGAAGAAGCAAGUAAAUUUGAAAAGGAAAAGAAAUCUAAAUCAGAGGAAGUUCAAAAAGUCGAAAAAGAUAAAGAUAAGAAAGCGAAGGUGGAAGAGACUCUACUUAAACCUAGCAAAUUAGAAGAAAAAGGACAAGGUAAGAAGGCAGAUAAGUCUGAGGAAGUUCCAAGUAGAGCCGGAAACGAACCGAAAAAAACUAGUGCAACUGAGGAAAUACAGAGUAAAGUAGAAAAUAAGAAAUCUGAAAGUGAAACGAAAAAGGCAACAAAUGAGGAAACGAAGCUAAAAACAGAGAAGUAUAAAAAGUCAGGUUCUAGUGAAUUUUCUCAGCAAAAGUCGGACAAAAAAGAUAAUUUAAAAUAAGUGGUUAGUAUAUAGUGUAACACUUGGUUUUAGGUGACUAAAACGUGUAGUAAAUUGGUAACAACAUACAUACAAACAUAUAUGUACCACCUGUCCAAUAUUCGUCUGAAACUAAUUAUUAAUGCCGCCUGCCAUCCAUAAAACCUUGAUAUAUUAUGAAAUUUUAAUUAGUUAUUUAAACCUUUAUAUAUUAUUUUUUAACCUUUUUUGGGGUUAGAAAUUUAAUGAUGCUUCUAAUGCUGCAUUCGGAUCAAGUGAGUCAAAACCAUAUAGAGUACGUUAUUUGGCCAAAAGGAUAUUGUUUUUCUAUUUUUUUAAAAGGUUUUUUCAUGAAAAUAACGUAUUUUUUGGUGGGACACCUGAUAAAGUGGUCAUUUUGAUUUUAUGGUUUUCCAUCUACCAGAAAAUUUUAAUUUUUUAAUAUUUUUUGAGGUUAGAAAUUAAAUGACACUUGCUUCUAAUUGUGCAUUCGAAUGAAGUGAGUCAAAACACCAUAGACUACGUUAUUUGGUCAAAAGGUUAUUGUUUUUCUAUUUUGUAAAAGCUUUUUUAUAUGAAAAUAACGUAUUUUUUGGUGUGGCACCUGAUAAAAUCGUCAUUUUGAGGUUAUGGUUUAGCAUUUUCGCAAAACCGAGAUGGCACUAAAAACAGACGAAAAGUUUAACGCCUGGUAAAGUUUUUGUAAGCAAAAAUGAAAUGGGCAGGAAGGUUCAUAUUCUAUAUUAUAUAUAUGUAUAAUUUAAAAUUCUUUUUAUUAAUUUAUUUAUUAAAUUUGUAAGUAUACAUCCAUGUUUAUGUAUAUUUACAGGGGUCUUUUUAGUAUUUCUUUUUAAUAAGUUAAUGCUUGCAGAUAAGUUUUAUCCUUUAAACGCUCUAUAAAUGAUAGCAAAUAUUAUUUAAUAUACAGGAAACUAGCAUAUAUAGUUAAUUUUAGUUAUGCGGAAAAAAAAACAAGACAACAGUUUUCAAUUUUCACGCAGUAUGGUGAUUACAAUUAAAAGGUUUUCUGCUGCAGAAAACUAUUGAACUAACUAAAACUUUAUACAAAAGCUACAAUAUCUAUUCUAAUAUGAGUCGUAAUGACUAACUAAUUUAAGAGACUGGUUUGAAUUUGGGUUGUCUUGCAGUGUCUGUUCAAACUCUAUUCCUAUUAGCUCAUUGGGGACGAGAUUGGUCAUCAUUUUUGUUUUUCUAUGGUUUAUCUUUAAGCCGACUCUCUGUGUUACUUGCUGUACUUGUUGUAUCAUAACUCUAGCUUCUCAUAAGUCGUCUGUUAUAAGAACAGUGUCAUCGUCAUAUCCUAGAUGAUUUAGUAUCUUUCCAUCGGUGAAUACACUUUGAGUCCGACUCUAAUCGUGUAAAUGCGUCCUCAAUGACUGCUUUAAAUAAAUAGUUAUUAAAUAGUCACAGUAUAAAUACUUUUGAUGACAAAGUAUCUCCAUGCACCCCCGGUGACAAUUUUUAUCUUCUCAGUUGCAAUGAAGGUUUACAGUUGUCGCAUUUUCGUGUAUAUUUCAAGUGCUUUCAAGGUAGCGACUGUUUCCACUGUAUCAAAUUCUUUGUGAAAGUCAACAGAAAUAAGAACAAGUGAUAUAUUCUAUUCGAUAGGCUUUUCUGACUAGAGUUUUAAGGCACUGCAGAUGGGCGUUUGUUCCGUGGCCUGUUCGAAAUUCUUCUGCAAUCAGAAGAAUUCUUCUGCACAACAUACAAAUCAACAAAAAAUUUCAGGGAGACGAUUAGUGCCAUCAUUCUUCAUUUGAAAAUGUUUGGUCUUCACUAUCCGGCUUCAGAUUUAUUUUUAUUUGGGAUAAAGUUACCGAUUGUCAAUUUGAUAGCAUACAAAGCAGUAUCCUGUAUAUUAUUUUUUGAAAAGUGUUUUUAAAAACGAGAUGAUGUUGUUUGGGGUAGUAUUUUCUAAUAAACUUUUAUUCCUUAUUUAUGUUCGCUGCAUAAUAGCUUUAGCAUAACAUUGGCUGUGACCAAAUAUGCUUCAUUUAUUGAGAACCAUUCUUGUUUUGUUUUGUAAGGAUGAAAGUUCGACAAGGAUAAAAACAUUUGUUCGUGUUUCUUAUAAUUUUAUUUGUCUUCUGGAUUUAUCGGCUCUUACAAGCAGACUGAGCAUUAAGUGUUGAUAGCUUUUGACCUUUCUUCUAUAAGCUACUACUAUAAACUCCUUUGUACGUAUCACCUUUUUUGAAAACAAACUAUGCUGAUUGUAAUUGUAAUUAUAACAAGGUUAAAACUUUAUUGUGUUUCUCUUACAGCGCGUUUACACGAUAUCUCUUUUAGUACGUUGUUGCAUGCAUCAAGAGGCAAGUGACAUACAUCCUUUACAAUUUUUGUAUUUUUAAUCAGCGUUUAAAACUUAGUUUAGAAAAAGGUAAGGAAAAACUUAGUAGGACAAAAACAGAGUAUUUGGAAUGUUCAUUUAAAGAUGGAGUUACUACAAAUAAAAUGGUAUCUUUGGAUGGUGAACUGAUUGUAAAAAGCAAUAGUUUUAAGUACCUGGUAUCGGUAUUACAGAGUAAUGGAGAAAUAGAUGGGGAUGCAUGCAGUAGAAUUAGGGCUGGAUGGAUGAAGUGGAAAGAAGCCAGUGGUGUGUUGUGUGACAGAAAAAUUCCAAUGAAGCUGAAGGGAAAAUUCUAUAAAACAGCCAUAAGACCGGCUAUGAUGUACGGAACUGAAUGUUGGGCAGUGAAGAAGAAAGAGGAACAACGAAUGCAUGUGGCGGAAAUGAGAAUGCUUAGAUGGAUGAGUGGAGUGACAAAGAAGGAUAAAAUUAGAAAUGAGUAUAUUAGGGGAAGUCUGGUGUGGCACCAAUUGAUGCCAAAAUGAGAGAGCAUAGGUUAAGAUGGUUUGGUCAUGUUCAACGUCGAGACGUUAAUCACUCAAUACGAAGAAUAGCUGAAGUGCAGAUUCCUGGAAGGAGUAGGAGAGGAAGACCAAAGAAGACCUGGGGGAGACGAUAAGAUAAUGUUGGUAAAGCGGAUUAACAUUGAUAUGACCCAAGAUAGAAUUGUGUGGAGAAAUGCAAUUAGGGAAGCCGACCCCGCAUAGGGAUAAGGCAAAGAGAAUGAUGAUAUCUUACUAAUUUAAUUAAUAAAUCAUCGUUGUACACCCAAUUGGAUAGACACAAGUAAAAAAUUUGAGUUUUGUUGUCCAAAAAGCUUCUGGCACUUACCUGUUAAGUGAAUUCUCCAUUUUUUUUUUAAUUUUAAAUGUCAUCGCAAUGCUUUGCGCAUGCCUGUUUGGAGGCGUACUCAGUUGCGUGCCUCGAUGCAAGAUCAUCAGAUAGACGAACAGAUCGUCGUGUAAAUGCGCCAUUACUGUCAUAUUGAUUUCCACAGGCGGACAAAGCAUAUGUAAGCUUCUAUUUUAUCUUAUAUAGGGAACAUUCCCAGUGGAUGGCUGUAUAUCAUAGUUUAGAAAAACUUACAAGGAAGUAGAAAACUUCUUGUGUAAUUGGAAUAUUACUUUUUAUGGGACCAUGAUCAAUGAUACUUGAACAUUGGCCAAAAGCCGCUUACAAGUCGGUAUAAGUAAAAUAUACUGACAAUGUUAAUGAUUAUGGAUCUAAAAGGGAAGAUAAUGAGUCCUUACUCGAAAAGGGCGAGUUACCACCCAACUGAUAAGACUGUCUUCUGAUUGACACCUGAUAUGGCCGAAAACGUUUUGAAAUUUUUGUUAAUCUGUUAAUUUUUAAAGUUUUAUACUUCCUUGUAAGUUUUUCUUCUCUGUUAUGUUUUUUAUCAAAAGAAGUUUUAUCUUUGUAUGUGUAUAAGGCCCGGUCUUUCACUUCCGAAUAACUAGUUAUUGGGAAGUUUAUCCAGCAGAUUACAUGUAAAUCUAUCAAAUAAACUUCCCGAUAACUAGUUAUUCGGAGGUGAAAAGACUGGGCCUAAGUGUAUGAAAACGUUUAGUAUUAUAGAUUGAAUUGAUGUGAGGUAGCUAUAACAAUAUUGAAAAAUAUUUCAUAUGUGUUUAAAUAACGUGUGAUAAAUGGUAAAUAAUAGAAUAAUUUUGAUAAGGAUGAACCCUGUAACGAACAUUUUAAAGAAUUUUCAGUUAAGCACUGGAAAGUAUAGAUGAACGUGUCGUACCUACAAAAAGGGUCCAGAAUCAACAACGUACGGCAUAUAGAUAAUCUAAUACUUUGAUUCAGAUGAGGGUCAGAAGAAUUUACUGUAUAGUGUAUCGAUAAUAUGUGAGUUAAUAUACAUAAAUCUAAUAUUAUCGUCACCUCUUCUUUUGAGCUAUUUCAACAUAACAAUUUUGACAGUAAUUGUUUAACAGCUGUUCCACCUCUCUACGUACCUUCAAAUUUACUUCCAAAGCCGUGUAGAAUUGGCAACGUUGCAAUAUCGGUUUAAGGUAGGCAGAUCUGCAGUGGGCCAUUAUAAAUAUAUGUAAUGUAUAUCAAAAUGGAGCACUCGUGAGUGUAGGGUCUUUCGGUCAAGUAGGUGGAGAAAAAAGACAACAUAUUCGGCUACUUUAUCUGUUUAAGACGUUUCGUUUACUGCUCAGUAAACAUCAUUAGUUCAUCUACAAAAUGAGUGUUAUAAGAAACAACAUCCAAAAAAGAAGUAAAAAACACUAGUGUUACCUUAAAAAAGACAUGUAGCAAGAGAUAAGAUGUACAAGUAAAAAAAUAUCUUAUCCAAUGAACCAUCAAAGUAAUGUAAAAGUAUAUAAAACAUUUGAGUUUAUAGUUAACAAUUAAAAAACUUUAGUACAGCUAAAGGCAAGACCAUGUGACAAACAGUCACAUAUAAAAAACAAGUGGAAGAAAAACUAGCUUGUUUUUAAUGUCAGAAAAAACCAAGAGUAAACCAAGAUUAAUAAUAUUUAAGCAUAUUUCCAAGAUUAAUAAUAUGCUUAAAUAUUAUUAAUCUUGGAAGUGUGAAUCUGGUUUACUCUUUUUUUUUUCUGACAUUAAAAACAAGCUAGUUUUUUUUCACUUGUUUUUUAUAUGUGACUGUUACCACAUGGUCUUGCCUUUAGCUGUACUAAAGUUUUUUAAUUGUUAACUACACUCUCAAAUAUACACUUUUUAUAUACUUUUACAUUACUUUGAUGGUUCAUUGGAUAAGAUAUUUUUUACUUGUACAUCUUAUCUCUUGCUACAUGUCUUUUUUUAAGGUAACACUAGUGUUUUUUACUUCUCUUUUGGAUGUUGUUUCUUAUAACACUCAUUUUGUAGAUCAACUGAUGAUGUUUACUGAGCAGUAAACGAAACGUCUUCAAUAAACAGAUAAAGUAGCCGAAUUCUUUGUCUUUUUCUCCACCUACUUGACCGAAAGACCCUACACUCACGAGUGCUCCUUUUUUAUAUUGGAAUUGACGGUCGUACUGCUUUUAUGACGUAAUGUAUAUCUAUAUGUAUGUGGUAAGUGUGUUUACAUAUAUAUAGAGAACGAUAAGUUUAUAUUAUUUAUUUAUCAUUCUUUAAGUAAUUUGCGCACACAUUAUCUUUUUUCUGUCAUAAGCGCCCACUUUACAGGAUGACCUCACUGAUAUAGAGCCACUGCCAGGAGCAAAACUCCUUUCAGCGUAAAGAUAUAAAAUAAAAUUGCAUUUUCAAUAAAAUAUUUCACACUUUUGGAAUAGCUCUUAACCGUUUACAUCCUGGCAGGAUACUUUGGUAUGGCAAAUGUAGACAUAGGUCUUAUUUUUUCAACUGCCUUUGGUAAUUUGAAGUAUAUUUUGGAACAAAAAUCCUUCUCUUGAGCAAUCUUCACCCAAUUCCCUACGCCCAUAACUUUAAAGUAUCCUGUUGUAUUUAGUCGUGUGAUAGAUGACCGAAAUUAACUUUCAGGGAUAACGUGCCCAUAACUAUUUACGUAAAUUCGGUGUGAUGGAUCUUUCAUCGUUAUGAGAUAGUUAUUUCUUCAGCGUUAAAAAAAGAGAAAUAACAUUUUACUAACAAAGUUUGAAGUAACAAAGAGAACCUUAUGUAGAAAUAGUACAAGUUGAAGAGAGCGCGAGAGAUCGAUCGGAAAAGGAUCCGAACAUGCCACAAGCUUGACAGGAUGUGAAGUUACCCAUAAAAGCAGCGUUGCCGAGUUGAUACAAUUGUACUAGUUUGAUACAAUUAACAACCAAACUUUUGAUACUAAAGUAUCUUAAAGUAAAAACCUCCAAUUUUGUGAUAUAAGAAAUUUGCUUCAAAUAACAUUAAACGACGUUUUUUUAAGUUUUUGUACAAAAUGUGUUGGUUUAGUACAUUUUGAGUCACUAUUUCAGUCAUUCCAGUGCAUUUACAAAAAUUUCUCUGGUAACACUGUAUAUGUUUAUAAAUUUCAACAAUUAUAUUGAAUUAUCUCGAGUUGAUUUUUCUAUGAUUUUUAAAAUUGUAUUACCCUUCUACAUAUUCUUAAAUUAUUAGCUUUACUUUUUAUUGUUAAUUAUUAUAUUAAUCGUAUUAUUACCUACAGGCGUGUAAUUGUUAUUUGAAGUCUAUUUUUUUUUAUAUUUUUAAUUUUGUACUGCUUUAUAUUUUUCAUAUUAAAUUAAUAACAUGCCGCACAAAAUCAUAGGACAACAUAAAGCAGAGUUAUUCGUUGAAUAUUCACUUGAUUUAUAUCUAAAAACAAUUCAAAAGAUGAACUAACCUUACAUAUCCUUACAUAACUACAGAGUUUCAUAACUUGAGGUUUAACGUCGCGUUAUAAAGUGACAGUUGAUAUACCAGAUAACUCAAGAACUGUCAAGAAUUAACACAAGUAGUUAAGUUAAAUAUGAUACAUCACACCAAUUCGAGGAUUAUAACAUAACUACAGGAUAACUUUACGGUAACGAUAACUUCGGUCAUCCAUAACACGGCUGAUUAUCUCACCACCAGAGUCGAAGUCGUCUACGUGAUCUUCUUCACAUACCGGCCUUAGUAUUCUUUUGUCAAAAUGUCUUCUGAGGUUUCGUGACCAUUAGAGUCUUCUGGACUUUCUUUUAUUAUGUUUGCGUCUCGAUAUAGUUCUUCGAGCUCUGUUAGUUCUUAUCCUAUAUUGUCCUGCUGAUCCAUCAAAUUGUAUCUUUGUAUUUCUUGUUAGUUGUUUCGAUUAUAUAAGAUUUUGAAGGCCGCAAAGACAUCUGUCGCGGGCUUCUAUCCUAUUGUUUAUUUCUUGUGAUUCGCUAUUGUCUUCAGUUAUUGUUGUUCCAAGAUACUUAAAGGACCCCGCACAAACUUUAUGGAAAAUAGGUCCCAGUGGAUUUCGUUCAUACUUUGGGAAAAUACUAUUUAAAGCAUCCUGAUAAAAAGUGUUCAUGGGCACAACUCAAUCGUAUGAAGGAUUUUCAAGAUAUAGAGGCCCAAAAUCGGAAAAUUAUAAGAUUUACGGGGUAUUCCAAUUCCGUGAGUUAUUGGUUAUUUGGCAACAUGUAGAAGUUUGGAUCAAGGAAAAGAAUAGUUAGGAUUUUUUCCUGGCUAUCCAAUGGCGACCUUUACUUUGACCUUGACCUUCAACGGACGUCAUCUUCUAGAGUUUCGAGGGUUUUCGGCAUUCAAUUGAUAUAAACAGAUUACUCAUGGGUUUUUGGGAUCGCUAAACACGCAUAUUCCAUCAGAAUUGCCCUCUCGAUGACGUGGUGGCCAGGGCCUCUGCAAGGGACGUCAUCUUCUAGAGUUUCGGUGGUUUUCGGCAUUUAAUUGAUGCAAAUGAAUUACUGGAGGGUUUUUUGAGGUCGCUAUACACGAAUAUGCCACCAGAACCGACUCCCAGAGCACCUGAUUUCCAAGGUCAAUGAAAGCAGCUCCUGGAGUUUCGAGGGUCAUUGGUACUACAUUAAUACAAAUGGAUUAAUUAUAGGUUUUUGGAGUUGCUGAACACGAAUACGUGAUUAGUACAGACACAGGAGCACCUAUCGCCUAAGGCACGUCAUCUUCUGGAGUUUCGAGAGUUUUCGGUACUAAAUUGAUGCAAACGGAUUGGUACACACCGAGUAGGUACUCGGAGGUUUUCUGAGUUUCUGUUCAAAGAAAGCGUAGAAAUUGGUGAAAACUUUUUUCUUGCUAUUUGUAGAUUUUUUUUAAAACAAAUGUUGUGCUAUUCAAUUGUUUUAAUUAUUUAUAAAUAUAAACUCAGUUUAUAUCUGACAAUGUUUUUCCUUCAUUUAUUUUAAGAUCAAUUUACUAUAUUCUAUUUCGAUAAUGUUAUUCAUCGUGGUCACUAGAUACUCCAAAGUCUUUUAUCUAAGUGAUAUUCGUGUUCAGCAACCCCAAAAACACAAGAGUAAUUCGCUUGCAUCAAUUUAGUACCGAAAACUCUCGAAACCCCAGAAGAUGACAUGCCUUAGGCACCAGGUACCCCGGUAUCUGUUCUUAUGGCAUAUUUGUAUUUAGCAGCCCCAAAAACUAAUGAGUAAUACCCAUCUGCAUCAAUUUAAUGCCAAAACCUGUCGAAACUCCAGAAGAAGACCUGCCUUCGACGGCACAAGGUGCUCUGUGGAUCGGAUAUGAUAUGGAAUUCACGUUCAGCAGCCCCAAAAGCCUGUGAGUAAUCAGUUUACAUUAAUUUAGUACCGAAAGCUCUCGAAUCUCCAAAGCAUGACGUGCCUUUGGCACCAGGUACUCCGAUGUCUGUUCUGAUGGGGUAUUCGUGUUCAGCAACUCCAAAAACCUAUGAGUAAUCCGUUUGCAUUAAUGUAGUACCAAAGACCCUCGAAACUCCAGGAGCCCCUUUCAUUGACCUUGGAAACCAGGUGCUCCGGGAUUCGGUUCUGGUGGCAUAUUCGUGUUUAGCGACCUCAAAAAACCCUCCAGUAAUCCAUUUGCAUCAAUUAAAUGCCGAAAACCAUCGAAACUCUAGAAGAUGACGUCCCUUGCAGUGGCCCUGGCCACCACGUCAUCCGGAGGUCAAUUCUGAUGGCACAUUCGUGUUUUGCGAUCUCAAAAACCCAUAAGUAAUCUGUUUAUAUCAAUUUAAUGCCGAAAACCCUCGAAGCUCUAGAAGAUGACGUCCGUUGAAGGUCAAGGUCAAAGUAAAGGUCGCCAUUGGAUAGCCAGGAAAAAAUCCUAGACUUCUAGUAGUUUUCCUUGAUCCAAACUUCUAUAUGUUGCCAAAUAACCAGUAACUCACGGAAUUGGAAUACCCCGUAAAUCUUAUUCUUUUCCGAGUUUGGGCCUCUAUAUCUUGAAAAUCCUUCAUACGAUUGAGUUGUGCCCAUGAGAACUUUUUAUCAGGAUGCUUCAAAGAGUAUUUUCCCAAAGUAUGAACGAAAUCCACUGGGACCUAUUUUCCAUAAGUUUUGUGCGGGGUCCUUUUCUGAUAUAAUCGAUUGUUAUAUUCUGUCCGAUUCUAUCUGUGUUUCAGUUAUUGCGGCUGAUAUACAUAUAUUAAGUUUUGUUUUCAUUGAUUAUGAGCCCCAUUUUAUUUGCUUCCUUUUCGGAACUGAUUAUACACUACAAUAAUAUUUGUGUUCAUUAAUAUAUUUCGGGAGUCAUGAAAAUCGAUUGACUUUAAUUAUUAGAAUACAAAAUUAUAGUAUAAUAAACAAGUAAUCAUUACUAACCUUUCAAUCAGCUCACUUUUUUCCUUUUUGUGGACGUCCAUGUCAUUUGAGCCACCUUUUUCAUUGCGUACGAUUAUAGGCUUCAACGGAAUUAUAAAUAAGUGAAGCACCAUGGACGAUUUUUUCUAAUGAUUGAUUCAAUUGUGAAGAUAAUAUUGCGUUCUCAGCCGUUGUUGAUCAAAAUAGUACGAACUAUUGAGUUGGGACUAUUUCAACAUGGCGGCUGAGCUUGCUCUCGUCAUAUGAUAAAAAGACUUACACAAUAAACUGUUAAACAUGUCUACCUCCAGCGUUGCCAAGUGUACAACAGCACGGCUCGAGAAGUAGAGGUAACUUUAGUACAGUACACUGUUUCUUGUGAUACGGUUUUUCAGAUAUAUUUGAUGAAUGUUGAUCGAUCAAAGAGUGUGUAGUUAUACUAUGCUAGACAGACAAUUUACGGACUGCCCCUUUAUUUAACGUUUUAUCCGUAACAUGAUUAAACAAAAAGUACCUACAUCCUUUGUUAUUUUCAUUGAAUUUUUGUUAAAUUUUUUGGAUGUAAGAACAAUAUUAAAUAUUCAAACUUUAUAGGUCUGUUAUACCUUGUCUUAUUUUAUAUGUGAUAACUAGGAAUUAUCUAUGCUUUUUUAAACUAAUUUUUUAUAUAUUUAAUUGGAAAUUUUCUAAGAAAUUCGACGCUUUUUGUGUGAUUUAUCAAUUAAAUGCAGAUUUAUUGUGAUUUUUUGUAAUUUAUUUCAUUUUAAAUAAAUUACUAAUGAUUUAAAAUCGUAAAAUGUGAAACAUACUGUUGAUAGUACAGGGUGAGUAGGAAGAAUGUUUCAGGAGUGUAAAAUAAAAUAAUUUGAAUAAAUUCUACUAUAUUUCAUGCGAAUAAACCGCAAUGUUAAUAAUUGACAAUAUAUUUCACUUUUUGAUUUUAGCUUUUGAAAUCGUUCUCAAAACACAAAAUAAAUAAAGCGAUAUUAAUAAUCCUAAAAAUAGUAAAAGUAAUAAUAAUCUUUUCAGAAUCAUAUCACGGAGUGUAGAUUUCGUAUAAGAUAAUUCAUUCUUUCUGGUAUUUCGUCUACAACUGUCCCAGAUAUAAAAUUAUAUACGGAUGGCCAAAAAAAUGCAACAUCUAGCUAGAGAAAGAAAUAGCUAUUUGUAUAACAAGGGAGGAAAGUGCUACUUUUUCUCCCGAGAAUGAAGUUUACUGCCCGACGCGUAGCGGAGGGCAGUAAUCAUUCAAGGGAGGAAAAGGCACUUUACUCCCAUGUUAUACAUAUGGUUUUUCCACCUUCCUCAAAUAACAAGUCAUUUUUUCAUUUUUACUUAAUUUAUUUAUGUAACUAACCAACAAAAUUUAUUAGAACUAAAACUAACAAGUAGGUACAAUAUAACUGUCAACUGUCAAAUAUAAGUCAAAUUAUUAAUGUAAACAUUGUUAAAUCAGAAUAACAAUUUACUGUUUUUUUACCAUUCUGCAAAAUACAGUGUUUUUAAAUAAACGUUAAAAUGUAUAGAUACUUACGUAAUAGAAAAUAGGUAUUGUACAGGGCGUCAAUAAGUUAUAUUUCAUGAAUGAAAUACCAUGACGUCACUUUUACUUUUCCUCCCUAGGGAGGAAAAGUACAACUUUGCUCCCUACAAUCAGGUCCGGAAAAGUAUACUUUCGGUAGAGGUAGGUGGAAAAAUAUUUUUUUAAACAUUAUCCAGAUUCUUCUUAUGGCAUACCACAGGUCUUCUAAGUUUGCUGGAGGACCUGGCAAUCGACUUAGGUUUCGACCUUUCAUAUUCCACACAUGUUCGAUUGCUGACAAAUCAGCUGAUCAUGAUGGCCAGUCCAACGUCUAUACAGGGUGAGUCAUGAGGAACUGUACAUACUCCUACCUCGUAUAGAGGCCCCUAUGGGGAAUAACAAAUGACCAUUAAAAAGUAUCUGCUCCCAUUGUUUAAUAAUAUACAGGGCGAGUUUCGCAUUUUGACAGAAACUUUACUACCUUGACGGUAGUCGUCAUUAUUUAUGAACGGUCAGAUCGAUGUGUCUCUUAUUUUGGUCAAUCGUUACACUAUUACCACCUAAUCAACUGAUUUAGUCAAACUAGAAAAAAAUCAGGUCCGGCCUUAAAAAAUUAGUUCGUUUUGGUCUUAGAAAAAAUUUCACCCUGUAUACGCUUUUUGAAAACUCUAAUAUAAAUUUUACAAAUUAGACAAAUAGGCAAUUAAAAUGGCAUAUUUCUUUUUUUCCCCACACGAUUACUUAAUUUUUUAUUAAUAAUGAAAUUUGUCAAAAUCGCAAUUUUACCAUAAAAAUAAAAAAAAUGAACGUUUUUCUUAAAAUUAAAAGUUUCACCAUUUUUUUUUCUAUAACACGUCUAGAUCUAAAACUCCCCAUACACUUCUCUUUGGACUCUAUAGUUUAACAUAGACGUGAUCAAAUAGAUAAAUUUUAAAUUUUUUCACUUAAUUUUUGCGAUUUAACUUUGCAAUUCACGAAUCUGCACCUUUUAUUUUUAAAAAUUCAUAACUUUUACGAGAAGAAAACUGAAAGUCUACAACAAUUUUCAUAGUCUUCACAAUGGUAAGAGAUAUGUGCUGUAAAAAUUUCAGAAAAAAAAUUUUAAAAUGGAACAGGGUUGUAGCGAGUUGAUUUCAUUUUUUUUUUUUCAUUUUUAGGUUAAAAUUCCGAUUUUGAUAAAUUUGAUUUUUUAAUAAAAAAUUAAGCAAUCGUGUGGGAAAAAUAAAUAAGCAAUUUUAAUUGCCUAUUAGUCUAAUUUGUAAAAUUCAUAUUAGAGUUUUCAAAAAGCGUAUACAGGGUGAAAUUUUUUCUAAGACCCAAACGAACUAAUUUUUUAAAGCCGGGCCUGAUUUUUUUUCUAGUUUGAAUAAAUCAGUUGAUUGGGUGGUAACAUAAAUUAAAUAUUUAUUCAAAAAAAAAAUUAAUUUUUGUCAUAAAAGUUAUUUUUUUAAAUCUAUGGUUCACUUUACCAAACUUUUAAUAAUUAUUCAUAGUCAAAUUUGAUUUUUUUCAAAAAAAUUGAGUAAUCGUGUGGGGAAAAAAUAAAUAUGCCAUUGUAAUUGCCUAUUUGUCUAAUUUGUAAAAUUCAUAUUAGAGUUUUCAAAAAGCGUAUACAGGGUGACGUUUUUUCUAAGACCCAAACGAACUAAUUUUUAAAACCGGACCUGAUUUUUUUCUAGUUUGACUAAAUCAGUUGAGUGGUGGCAAUAGUGUAACGAUUGACUAAAAUAAGAGACACAUCGAUCAUCUGACCGUUCAAAAAUUAUGACGAAUAUAAAUUUCUGUCAAAAUGCGAAACUCACCCUGUAUAUUAUUAAACAAUGGGAGCAGACACUUUUUAAUGGUCAUUUGUUAUUCCCCAUAGGAGCCUCUAUACGAGGUAGGAGUAUGUAGAGUUUCUCAUGACUCACCCUGUAUACCAGAUUCUUGUAUGAACCCCAUGGUUUCACGGGCCAUAUGAGGUCUUGCGUUAACCUGUUAAAAGAUGGCAUGUGAAUUGUUUGUAGGUAAGGAUGUAACACCGGUUGCAAUACUUCACCAAUAUAUCGUCGAGCUGUGAGAGUGCCGUUACUAAGAAUUAGAAGUAAUCUGCUUUCCAACCAUGACACUUCCCAUGUUCACCUCAUACCAUAAUACUUGGUUGUCUCACUGUAUGACGUUCAACAGCCAAGUCUAUACAGAGCCACCCAAACAAAACCUAGAUUAAUCACUGAAGCAGACAAAAUUCUAGUGGCCAUUCCAGUAAGCUCUCAGUCCCAUUCUAAGUAAUCUUUGAUUAACUGUUCUUCUUGACACUGCCCUUCCUGUAGCUGCAACUAUAUUUCUCUGACGCCGACAAGUCUAAUUAGGUUUGUUCCAACUCGAUAAAAAACCGUUCUUGAAUCGUUACGCCCAUGCGCAAUAACGAAUGAUUAUGCGCAGUAACACAUUUUUCGUUACUGCGCAUACUCGUAACCGUUUAAGACGGUUUUGUAUCGAGUUGGAACAAACCUAUUAUUGCACCAUCUCCUCCAAACUCAACACCGUAGGAGAAUACCUUACAUACUUAAUAACUAAUAACAUAGGCCUCCUCUAAGUUUCUCCAUGUCCCUGUCUUGAGCUACCAUCAUUCAGUUCCCGGCAGUUCUCUUUUCAUCGUCACUCCAGCGCGUUGGUGGUCGACUUCGUUUGUUCGCUUGCGUUUGCCAUUCCAUGUUAUCACCGUAUCUGCUCCGUAUGUUAUCACCGGCAAUAAGAUAAUUUGUUACAAACUACAAUAUGAAAGCGAAUAUGAACACCGACGACAAACAGUGCGAGAAGAAAUCAACACCAGCCUCAGUGUAGCAGAAAACCAAAUCCGCAGAACAGACAACGUAGAUGAAAAACUGAAGUAUAUAAGCACUAUAAUAAGAACUACGGGAAAUAAACACCUAACCAAAUCUACAAAGAAACAUAAGGUGUGGAUGACACCAGACAUACUAGAACUAAUGGAUGAAAGACGCAAAUUGAAGAAUAAUUCAGAAAAAUACAGAGAGGUUGAUAAGAACAUAAAGGAAUAAUAAGGAAGGCCAAAGAAUCAUGGAUUAAAGAACAAUGUGUAGAAAUGGAAAACUAUGAAAGAAAGUAUGACACAUUCAAUACACAUAAAAAAGUAAAAGAACUUACAGGAACCCAAAGAAGACAUCAAAUAAGUUUGCUUAAGGUCAAAGACGGAAAUAUUAUUAUAGACUUAAUAGAAAAAAUUAAUAGAUUUAGUGAAUACAUAAGAGAAUUGUUUGAGGACAACAGAAAUAACAUUGUCCAGGUAAAUGGUGAAACGGGACCUGAAAUCCUAAAAUGUGAAGUAGAAAUGGCACUUAGAAAUUCCAAAACUGGAAAUGCAAAUGGACCCGAUGAGUUUCCUACUGAAUUACUAAAGCUCUUGAAUGAUGAAUCAAUAGGUAUAAUAUUGCACUUAUUUAACACAGUAUACAAUACUGGUAUUAUACCUCAAGAGUGGCUGCUGUCUACAUUCGUUACACUCCCAAAGAAAUCCAAUGCAAAAGAAUGUUCAGAACAUCGAACAAUAUCUUUAAUGAGCCAUCUACUAAAGAUAUUUCUAAAAAUCAUCCACAACCGAGUUUAUCAAAAGUUGGAGUCAGAUAUUAGUAAUACACAGAUGGGGUUCAGAAAAGUACUAGGUACUCGAGAAGCUCUCUUCGGUUUGAAUGUUCUUACACAAAGGUGCCUAAACGUUAAUCAAGAAGUACAUGCAUGUUUUAUCGAUUUUGACAGAGUACGCCACGAUAGGCUAAGAGACAUUCUUGAAAGAAAAGACAGAUAAUAAAGAUCUGCGAAUAAUUCUCAACUUAUAUUGGAAUCAGAAAGCUAACAUCAAAAUAGAAAAUGAGAUACCAAAAGCAAUAGAAAUACGUAGAGGAGUAAGACAGGGAUGCAUUUUGUCACCAUUGCUAUUUAAUGUAUAUAGUGAAAGCAUCUGUCAGGAAGCCCUUUUGCAAGCAAAUGAAGGAAUCGUAAUCAAUGGAGAGGUUGUAAAUAAUAUUCGAUACGCGGACGACACUACUAGUUGCAAGAACAGUAGAAGAAUUACAACGAUUACUUACAAACAUAAAUAUUGCUUGCAACAAUUAUGGCAUAAACAUUGAUAUCAAAAAAACCAAGUAUAUGGUCUUCAGUAAAAUCAUGACACAACCAGCACUUAUUAGUAUAAACGGCAUUCAAAUUGAAAAAGUAUUAAGUUACAAAUACUUGGGAACUUUAAUAAACGAAACUGGAGACCAAAACAAUGAAAUAAAAAGACGUAUCGAAAUUGUCAGGGCCACCUUCAUAAAGAUGAGAAAAUUCUUCAGAUAUAAGCAUCCCUCUACGAUUUAGAAUGCUAAGAGGCUACGUAUUUAACACGCUAUUAUACGGUGUAGAGUGUAGAGGCCUGGACUCUCAAACAGAACAACAUAAAAAUAUUGAAAGUUUCGAGAUGUGGUGCUACCGUCGAAUGCUGAAGAUGAGUUGGGUUGAAAGAAUCACAAAUCUCGAAGUAAUACGAAGGAUAGGAAGAGACCCAGAAAUUUUGUUAACGAUAAAACGAAGAAAACUCGAGUAUUUGGGUCACCUAAUGGGAGGUCAUAAAUACGCAUUACUUCAAAAUAUAAUGCAAGGAAAAAUAGAAGGAAAACGGAAUCCAGGCCGUAGAAGAAUGCCAUGGUUGCGGAAUUUGAGAGAGUGGUUUGGCUGCACCACUAAUGAACUUUUUAGGUCAGCUGUAAACAAGGUCAGGGUAGCCUUGAUGAUUUCCAAUCUCCGAUAGGAGUGGCAUAAGAAGAAGAAGAAGAGUAGCUUACCAAACGCAGUCCAGCCCAAACCUAUUCCGCGCUGUAUCUUGUGCAUUUUCUUAUUCUUUCCAAUUUGUAUCUCAUAUCCAAGGUAUUUAUACACAUGUGUUUCAGUUAUGUCGGCAUCAUCUAUUCUGAUGUUUUGUGCAAGCACGAAAUUAAUUCUUGUUUACUUUAUUUAUAAAUCAAUAAAAAUUUUUAUAUUGUAGUUUGUAACAAAUUAUCUUAUAGGUCUGGAUCCCGUGUAUGAAAAAAAAAGCUGAUUAAUAGCAAGCUGAAAAUUUGUUAAUAGCUUAAGGGUGUCUAGUCGGACAAACUUUGAUAUAUGGGAACACUGGAACAGGAAAAGUUUUAAUUGUGGAACAGGUUAAAAAUUUGGAACGGUCAGACCAUAAAAACGUCACAUGUAUUUUGUCCGACAGAACUUCCAAUUGAUUUGUUAUCCUUUCAUUAAACUCUUAUGCAAAAAUCAGGCUGCUAUUUAUCACCAAACGGGCAUUGUAAUGAGUGGAACACGUAGAAUAUGCCAAAUGACAGGAAUUAUGACAGGUGAUAAAUAGCAGUCUGAUUUUUGCAUGAGAGUUUAAUGAAAGGGUAACAAAUCAAUUGGAAGUUCUGUUGGACAAAAUACAUGUGACGUUUUCGUGGUAUGACCGUUCCAAAUUUUUAACCUGUUCCACAAUUAAAACUUCCCCUUUUCCAGUGUUCCCAUAUAUCAAAAUUUGUCCGACUAGACACCCUUACGCUAUUAACAAAUUUUCAGCUUGCUAUUAAUCAACUUUUUUUUCAUAUGCGGGAUCCAGACCUAUUACUAUUGUUAUCAAUUGUUCGAACUCGAUGGUAAUAUUUUUAGAAAUAAGCGAUAAUUUUUUAUAAUAUCCCGUCGUCAAGCAUUACGUCAGAUGUUCUUCGUUAUUACGCGAAAAUGAACAUUCCGUGACAUUGCCCUCGUGACACUUUGGCAUAAUUUCACUCCCCUUCGGGUCGUGAAAUCAAAACUGUCAAAGUGUCACUCGGGACACAAAUCGAUAAUUUUAGAGCUCUCGUGCAAUUACCACUGAUACAAUACGCACUGCGCAUACACUUUUCUCUUCAAACAUAUGUGCAUAUCAUUUUUACAUAUUUCCAGUAGCUUACCAAAUCCAGCCCAGCCUAAACCUAUUCCGCGCUGUAUCUUGUGCGUUUAGCUAUUCUUUCCAAUUUGUAUCUCAUAUCCAAGGUAUUUAUACACAUGUGUUUCUGUUAUGUCGGCAUCAUCUAUUAAUCUAUUCUGAUGUUUUGUGCAAGCACUAAUUUUGUCAUUAUUUGAGUUUUGCUUACGUUUAUUCGGAGACCUACUGCAGAUCCAGCUUAUGUCAUUUCUUCAAGCCUAUACUUGGCCUCGCCGAUGUUAUUCGUGAUCAGAACGAUGCCAUCUACGAAUCUAAGGUGCAUCAAUCUUUCUCCAUCAAUAUUAAUGCCUGUUGGUCGAUAUAAUGGCCUAAAAAGGCUACUUGAAUGCUUUUCCUUAUUAGCAACGCACUCAGCCGGAUUUUGCUAAUGUAAAGUGCAAUAUUAUUGUAUUAGCCAUUGUAUAGUUGCCUGAAACUAAGAGGUACCAACUUAAAGUACGAAUAUUUUAUUUAAGAUAUUAAUAAAGAAAAAUUAAGUUAUGUAUUAAAACGAAGUUAGAUUAAACUAAACAAAAGUUUGUAAUAAUUUGUUUAAAAAACAUUUUGCCUCACUCACCCUGUAUAAACUACAUCACAUAUGUUGUGUAUUUUAAAUUAAAUAAUCUUUAUGUAUAUAAAAUUGCUUUUUUUACAAAUAAAUAGGAUAGUCUAACUGCAUUUUUUAGUCACUAUAAAUGUUUUUUGUUUGUGUAAAUACAUAAAAAAAUUGUUAAUGUGAUUCUUCCAGAAGAAGUAAAUUAUCACUGUUCGUAAUAUACCCCACUGAAUUGUAA